CCAGCCCAUCCGCCCCUCCCGGCUCUGCAUCGCCCCGAGUCCCGACGCCCGCGAGUUCUCGCGACUCCGCAGCGCCGCCGCUCCUCCUCCGCCCUCGCUGUGCUCCGCCGCCGCCCUCCCUCCUCUGCCUCCUCCGCUCCUGGCUGUGCGCCGGCCUCCGUGAUCCCUUUCCUCUCUCGUAGUGCCAAGCCACCGCCGGAAACCGCAGCUAGGGUUUAGGUCCAAAAUCGCCGAGCCGGUGGAUUCGCCGUCUCCGGCCGCUGCGGCUCGGCUUCCUCACCUCCGGCGACCCCAUAUACACCGCCUCCCUCGUAUCAUUCGGUGUGCUCCAACUGCAGGUUCAGUUUCUGAAUGGCCAGGCCUGGGGAUGCAGAGGGCGUGACUGUUUCCAUGGGGGAGCUAAGCGUAGAAGCAGCACCUUCAUCAAGUGGGACUGAAAUCGCCCAGCAUGCUAAUGGCGGUGAUGUUGCUGCUGCUGAAGAUGAUGAUAUAUGGGAUGAUGCUUCAGAUUCUCCUGGGCAUGCUUCUAACUUAGACAGAGAAUGGAUCCACAGGCAGAACCAGUUUCAUAAGAUGGGCUAUAGGGACGGUAUAACAGAAGGGCAGAAGGACUCUGCCCAGGAGGGCUUCAAUGUUGGGUUUAGGCAAUCUGUAGACGUUGGCUACAAGUGGGGUCUUGUUCGUGGGGUUACCAGUGCACUAGCUAGCCUUCCUGACAGCUUGAAGGAAAAACUUGUGCCUGAUGCCCAGUGUAGAAGGAAACUUCUGGAUGUGCAGAGCUCUGUGCAAGAAAUAUCAGCAGAUGAUGCACUUCAGAUGUUCCAUGAAAGCAUUUGUCAGAGUAGUCAUCCUUCAGAGGAAUCACAUGUAACAUCAACUGCAGAUGGAACUACAGAAUCUAAUAGGAUCAAAAGCCUAUCAAAUGAUCUGGUGUUGUUGUUGCAUGAAUGCCCGGAUAUUAAGGUAAGUGAAGAGUUGGCAGGAGAUUCAUGAACAAGUUGGCCUGAAAUUGCGACCACUACAAGCCAACUAAGUCUAGCAGAAUCGCCACUACAGAAUUCUCAGAUUACACAAUGCCUGCCAGGGCUAUAUGUGAAUGUUAUUCAGGGACCUAAUUUGGGAUGGAGCUGUACUCAGAAAGCUUGAACCUCAGUAUCUAGAACUCUAGAAGUUUUGAAAAGAUAUGUAGCUGUAAAUCUUGAGAUUUCAUAUCGCUCUUUUGCUGCAUACUAUAACAAGUAUUGUAAAUGUAACUCCAACAAGUUAUCGAUUUUAAUACAGUAGCAAUGUUUUUUCUUCUUGAAUAUUCA